UGGUUUAUGACUUGCAGUUAACUUUUCUUUUUCUACUCAUAAAUAUUUUUCCCCAAACCCUAAUCCCUCCCCGCACCAAAAUCUUCAUUUCGCUGCACCACAAGCUUCAUUGUUGGUGGAUUUUCAACUGCUUCGUGUUGGUCUUCCUCUGUUUGGGCCGAGCGAGGUGUCCGUCUUCAACUUCAACCUCAGCUUCGAAUUCUCUCUGCUCGAUCCGUGGAUUUUCUCGGUUAAACCUUUCGUCUCUCACCAAGAGAACAUGAAGAAGAAGAAAAUGAAGAAAAUGAUAGUUAAGAACAAUGAGACACAACAUCAUACACCAGCACCUAAUACAUGGAGUCAUAUAGUUAAUCAUUCACCAACACUUCAAAGUGUAGCACCUCAAAGUGCAGCACCUGAAGUCCAAUCAUCUCCCUCUAUAUCUAUCCCUCAAAGAAGAACAUACAAACUAAAGCUACCUCUGACAAGCCAAAGCCGAUGCACUCCUGUAUCUAUACAGCCCCCAAAUGCAACUGUUCAGUCAGCAGAUCAAGUAUUUUUGUUUGGUCAGCCCCCAAAUGAAGCUGUUCAGUCACCCGUUGAAGUUGAUCAACAAGAAAAUUCAUGUGUACAAGAUGAACAUGAACAAGAUGAAAAUCAGGAUAUUUUGUCGGAAGUACAACAAGAAAGGCCACCAACAUACAAGAAAUCGUGGUUGGUUGAUGUCAUUGAUGACCAAUGCAAGACGAGUACCAAACACUUAAAAACAAAUGAUGUUUGGAAUUUGCCUCAAAAUGAAAGGAUUAUUGUACGUUGGAAUGAGGAGCAUCAACCAAUUGGAGAUGGUGGUGCAUUAUUGAAUCGGUUCUUAGGGAGUAUUGCUAGAAACUUGAAGGCAUUCCCUAUUUGUUAUUCUACUUGGAAGAAGGUUCCUAAAGAUUACAAAGAAGACAUAAUUCAUAAUACCGUUCAAACAAAGUUUGCAAUCAAUUCCGAUAUUCAAAUCAAUUACAUCUUAAAAGCACUUAAUCAUAAAUGGAGAGAUUGGCGGCAAGAAUUGUGGCAACAAAGAGAUGAUGGCACACGUACUAGAGAUGAAUUGGUUGCCAUGGUUCCAAAAGGAGUAGAUAGAGAUGAUUGGGCUUCUUUUGUUGACUAUCGACUUGAUGAAAGAACAAAGGAGAUUGCCCUAAAAAAUAAACACAAUAGGACAAAGCAAACUCUUGCUCACACAGGAGGGUCGAAGAGCAUUGCAAGGAAGAGGGAAGAAAUGGAAAGAGAGUGUGGACACAAAGUUAGCAGAGGAGAGGUUUGGAUAGCUACCCAUAAGAAGACCAACCGAGCUUUUGUUAGUGAUGAGGCAAGGGAAAUUGGUGAAAAAAUUGAGGCAUAUGAAUCCAUAGCAUGGUCUCAAUCAAAAAUAAUAUCCACUUCAGAUUCAUUGGCUCAUGCUUUAGGAACCCAAGAGCAUUGUGGACGCGUUCGUGGAUUAGGUUUGGGUCCUUCUCCAUCUAAAGUCUUUGGAGUUGAUGCUCGUUCUCACAGGGGAUCAUCUUCAGCUUCUCCUUCUAAUGAUGAGUUACAAUCUCAGGUAUCUUCAUUGACAUCACAAGUCAAUGAAAUGAAAGAAAUGAUAUCAUUUAUGUUGCAAAAUUAUCAGGGUCAAUUGCCUUCAAAGUUUGUCACAUUUCAACCAUCGGUAUCUGAUCAAGAAAGCAUGCAAAAUGCUGAAUGUAAUAGAGAUGGAGAUGAAGAAAAUUAGACAUCUUUUUAAUAAUCUUUGGUCUCUGUGUUGCAUCAAUGUAUUCCAAAUUUUUCUCAAACAAGCAAUCAACAUUCAGAGGAAAAUAUUCUAUCAUUUAAAUUCUGUUUCAAUUACAGACAAA